CGCACCCUCUCCGGGGGUUCCGGUACCGGCGGAGCUGCGGCACUGCGGUUCCCCCCCCGGCUCCCCCCGCCGCCCCCGCCCGGCGCACGGCGCGUCACGGCGGGGCCGAACGGCGGCGGUGGCAUCUCCGCUCCGCUCCGCUCCGUUCCGUUCCGUCCCCGCCAUGGCGGCCCCGCGCCCCCCCGCGCUGCUCGCGCUCGGCCUCGCGCUCACCGCCGCCACCGUCACCGCCGCCGCCGGGGGGGAUCCGUUCUCGGAGCAGCUCGGUGACACCGGCCCCUGUCAGCGGCAGUGCGGCCGCAGCGUGCAGCCCCGGGCGGCGGACGCUGUGCUCAGCGCCUGUUACCGCGGCUGCCGGCUGUUCUCCAUCUGUCACUUUGUGGAUGCGAGUGCGGGGCUGAACACCACCAGGGCUGAAUGUGAGGCAGCGUGCGCCGAGGCCUAUGCUGGAGAGGAGGAGCAGUGGGGCUGCAGGACCGGGUGCCGUGAGCAGCUGCCCCACGUGCAGAGGAAGGAGCAGAGCGCAGAGGUGAAGGCGCCGUCGCUCUCGGUGCUGGAUUUGGUUUCCUCUUUCUGCACCGACAUCGUCAGCUCUGCCCACAGCUUCAUCUCCUCCACGUGGACCUUCUACCUGCAGGCGGAUGAUGGGAAAGUGGUGGUGUUCCAGUCGCAGCCCCACAUGGAGUUCCCACUGCCCGAAGCUCAGAUGACCCAACCAGAGUGGCCUGAACCAGGGGCUGACGCCCACUCCCCCCAACCCCACGCAGGCCCCCAGCAGAAGGAGGAAAAGUCCCCCCCUAGGAAGGAGCCGUGGGGCAAAGCCAAACCCAUGGACACACCACAGCCAGAGCACGACUUCCUGGGCUGCAUGGCCAAGCGCUCAGGUCUCCCCCGCUGGAUCCUGGCUGCCUGCCUCUUCCUCUCCAUCGUGGUGAUGCUGUGGCUGAGCUGUGCCAGCCUGGUGACCGCCCCCGAGCAGCACGUCAGGACUCAGCCUCUGAGCAUCAAUGGAGACAGGGAGUGCCUGGAGGACCCGCGUGGCCCCAGUGUGUUCCCACUGCCGCCCGUCAUCGCCGUCACUCUGUGCCCCACACACGGCGAGGAUGUGGGGCCACUGCCACUGAAGGUUGACCUGGACAAGACCGUCCUGUAGUGCUCCACCUCUUCCCAUCACCUCCCCAUCACUUCACUGCCGCUGCCCCCACGCCGGUCCCCCUUCCGACCCCAUCCCUCUGCCUCCAUCGGCCACAGCCUGGAGCUUUCCCCCUCCAUCAGCACUGCUGCACUCUGCGCUCCCACUGCCCUGAGCCCAGCGACCACCGCCAGCAUGGAAGGGGGGAGCGCGGCCCUGGCCCCCCCUCUGGGCACAGCUCCAGCGGGGCAGAGGCAGCGCCUGGGGGGGCUUUGGCUCGGCACAGCCCGGCCCCCACCUCGGGCUGAGCCCCCGCGGCGCCGGCCCCGGCCCUGGGAACUCCCUUCCGCCGGUGGCCCCGCGGGAGCCGGAACGUGGCCAAUGGAUUUGGUGUUGGCAGCCAAAGCGGAGAGAGCAGCCGAUCCGCCGCCCCCGUGCCCAUGUGAGCACCCGGCCGGCCCCGGCGGGGGCUGCAGGGCGCUCUGCGAGGGUUCUGUGCUCUCCCCACUCCAUGACACCAGCGGGGGGCACUGGGUGGUGACCGAGUGACAUUUCCCAUCCUCUUGUUCCUGGGAUGACCCAUCUCGUACAUCUCCACGGCAUCCCACAGGGCAGGACUGGGUGGCACUUUGUGCCCCCAUGAGGGACAAGGGCUGGUGUCCAGGGGGCCUCAUUGUGCAGCCCCCCACCUGCAGCAGUGCUCAGGGCACACGGGGCCAUCUCCCCUCUCCCCAUCUCCAUCACUCUGUGCAUUGUUCUGUGUUUGAUUCGCACCGGCAUGCAGUCUGCCAGGCCAGGGCACCUUGUGGUGGCACCCCAGCCCCCCACCUCCCCCCAACACGUGUGUACAGAGUAACUUAUUGCCCGUGCCUCCUCCCGUCGGUUCCUACGCUCACCCCAUGUCAGGGGGCAGUGAUGUGUGUCGUUGUGGGGUGAGGGGGGCAUCCCUGGAGGUGUCCCCCAGCCCCACCAAUUUUGUGCUGCUCCAUAUCACAGUGCAACAUAUCUGGGUUGGGGAGAGGUGCUGCGGGUGAGGGGGUCUCGUGUUGGGGUGCACUUCUUGGUGUUGCUUUCUGGCAGCUCAGCUCGGUGUUGGUGCAGUCUGUGUUGUCCCGACCCCCCCUCAUUUGCAGAGUCCCAGGGGUGCAGAGUCCCCUCCGGGCAGUUCCCCCCCCCUCCCACACACUGAGAUGGGUGCAGGAAGCAAACCCGGCCCCACACUGCGAGCAGAGCGCGGGUCGGACAUGGGAGGAGAAAUAAAAGGUUUGUACCAGGGUUGGCCCGGUGGUUUCUGGGUGUGGGUCCGAGCCCUGGGGGUGCGGGGUCGGUCCCGGCUCCGUGCAGGAAGCAGCACGGAUGGCUGUAAGGCAGCGCAGCUCGAGGGCUGCGGUGCUCACCCACGCCUUCCCCCGCAGAGCCCCAUUUGCAGCAGCAGAGCUGUUCUGCAGCCCGUCUGUGUCCCUGAGGUGGGGGUCCCGAGGCACAGCUCCCCCCCCGCUCACUGCACGUCUCACCGCUGCUGCUUUCCACCCACACUUCCCACGUGCAGCUCGGGGCGUUGGUGAGGAUGCUGGCACCCGGUGACGGAGCAGAAGGGAACAAAGCCCUUUGGGAACCCUUGGUGGGAAGCCCACGGCACAGCAUUGCCCCCCCCCAACCCUCCAAUCCCUCAUUACCCAUUAACCCCUUAUUGCCCGAAUGCCCCCAGCGCAGGGGGGAGGUGGGACGGACAGCUGGCAGACCCUGAGCGCCGCGGGCUCCGGCGGUCCCUCCUGGGACGGGGCUGCAAACAAACUCCUCGCCUUCGGGCUGGAUCAGAUUCCUCACUGCUGGCGCGGGGCGCAGGGAGCCGUGCCCAGGAAGGAGCAGGUGAGGAGGGACCCCGCUGCAGUGAG